ACCGCUCCUAGAGCGCGCUGUCACGGAGUUAGAGACCGGGACGGAAGACUCAAUGCGCGCACGCCAGCGGUCCAGCAGUUACCCUGCUCCCCGCAUCCCCGGCCCCCGAAAGUUCCGGCGUCAAGGAGGCCGCGGUCCCGCCCCCUCGUCGCCCCGCCCCUCGCACUCCCGGUCGGGGGUGGAGCGAGGAGCGGCGGAAGCGCCGUGACGUGUGCCAGGGCAGUUGCUUUAGGGACCGCUCCGCGGGGCCCCAGCAUGACUCUGAGCUCCGCGCGGUGUCCUGGGGAUAGCCUAGCCCAGCUCCCGGCGUCCACCUCCACUUCCAGGUAUUUGCCGAUGUGGGCCUCCUGCCGGGGUAUUCACCCCACGGUGCGGAGCUGUGGCUGUCGCCUCUUUCUGCUGCGCCAGGCUGCGCCUGGCCUCAAAGUCGAGUGCUCCUAGGUGUCCUACGGUUAGUGGAAACACCCCCUCACGGAGAUUUUAGACGUUGACCUGCAGAAGAUGCAUUUUAUGUACUUCUCUAUGGCAGGAAGUCAUUAUGCGACUAACACAUUUUCAUCAGAUUUCCUCUGAUUUACCGUGAAGUGUAUGUGAGAAUGAUGUGCACUGCCAAGAAAUGUGGAAUUAGGUUCCAGCCUCCGGCUGUUAUCUUAAUCUAUGAGAAUGAAAUGAAGGGGAAAAGUCGCCAGCGCAUCAUGCCUGUCCGAAACUUUUCAAAGUAUUCAGAUUGCAGCAGAGCUGCUGAACAAUUAAAGAAUAAUCCACGACACAAGGGUUACCUGGAACAGGUAUCCCUGAAGCAACUGGAGAAGUUAUUCAGUUUUUUACGAGGUUACUUGUGGGGGCAGAGUUUGGCAGAAACAAUGGAACAAAUUCAGCGGGAAACAACCAUUGAUCCUGAGGAAGACCUGAACAAACUAGAUGACAAGGAACUUGCCAAAAGGAAGAGCAUCAUGGAUGAACUUUUUGAGAAAAAUCAGAAGAAGAAGGAUGAUCCAAAUUUUGUUUAUGACAUUGAAGUGGAGUUCCCACAGGAUGAACAACUACAGUCCUGUGGCUGGGACACAGAGUCAGCUGACGAGUCCUGAUAACCAAAAACUAAAAAAAAAAAUUAUUGGGUAGCAGAAAAUCCAUGUUUAUACAAGACCAUAGAUUGGUUGUAGAAAAAUCUGUAAAGAACACUAUGCAUAUUGGGUCAUGUUUGGAUUGACCAUGUUACUUUUCAAAACCAAGAUAUGUAGAGCAUCUACUAUGUAAGUGCAUAUGGAAUAUAGGGAAAACAAUAUAGGAAUCUGCCUUUAAGGAGC